AGCCCUAUAAAGUUGGGGCGAACAGGGUCCCUCUGGCCGCUCUCGGUUCAGUCCGACGCCAAGGUCGACAACGUCCUCUGCCUCCUCUCCGGAGCAUCGCGUGCCAGUCAUGGCCCAGGAGCUGUACCACAGGGAGUUCGCCAGGGCGGGCAAGAAGGCGGGUCUGCAGGUUUGGAGGAUCGAGAAGAUGGAGCUGGUGCCUGUGCCCCCGAGCGCUUACGGCGACUUCUACGUUGGGGAUGCCUACCUGGUGCUGCACACUGCCAAGGCGUGUCGGGGCUUCACCUACCGUCUGCACUUCUGGCUAGGCAAGGAGUGUUCUCAGGAUGAAAGCACCGCGGCUGCCAUCUUUACUGUGCAGAUGGACGACUACUUGGGCGGCAAACCAGUGCAGAGUAGAGAACUUCAAGGAUAUGAGUCUACUGAUUUUGUUGGCUAUUUCAAAGGAGGUUUGAAAUACAGGGUUGGAGGCGUGGCAUCUGGACUCAAUCAUGUUAUCACCAACGACCUGACUGCCCAGAGGCUGCUGCACGUGAAGGGUCGGAGAGUGGUCAGGGCCACAGAAGUGCCCCUGAGCUGGCGCAGUUUCAACAAGGGGGACUGCUUCAUCAUUGACCUUGGCAGUAAAAUUUACCAGUGGUUUGGCUCCUCGUGCAACAAAUAUGAGCGUGUAAAGGCCAGCCAGGUUGCCAUUGGCAUUCGGGACAAUGAAAGGAAUGGAAGAUCUCAACUAAUUGUGGUGGAAGAAGGAAAUGAACCACCAGAACUUAUACAGGUUUUAGGAAAAAAGCCAGAGCUCAGGGAGGGAGAUGAUGAUGAUGACAUUAUAGCAGACAUAACAAACAGGAAAAUGGCUAAACUCUACAUGGUUUCAGACGCCAGCGGGUCCAUGAGGGUGACGUUGGUGGCCGAGGAAAACCCCUUCUCAAAGGCGAUGCUGCUGUCUGAAGAAUGCUUUAUUUUGGACCACGGUGCUGCAAAACAAAUUUUUGUAUGGAAAGGUAAAGAUGCUAAUCCCCGGGAGAGAAAGGCUGCCAUGAAGACAGCUGAACAAUUCCUAGAGCAAAUGAACUAUUCUGCCAAUACCCAAAUUCAAGUCCUUCCCGAAGGAGGUGAAACACCGAUCUUCAAGCAGUUCUUUAAGGACUGGAGAGAUAAAGAUCAGAGUGACGGCUUCGGGAAAGUGUACGUCACAGAGAAAGUGGCGCAAAUAAAGCAAAUUCCAUUUGAUGCCUCCAAAUUGCAUAGUUCUCCCCGAAUGGCAGCCCAGCACAACAUGGUGGAUGAUGGUUCUGGCAAAGUGGAGAUUUGGCGUGUAGAAAACAACGGAAGGAUUGAAAUUGACCGAAACUCCUAUGGUGAAUUCUAUGGUGGAGACUGCUACAUUAUACUUUACACUUAUCCCAGAGGACAGAUUAUCUACACAUGGCAAGGAGCAAAUGCCACAAGAGAUGAGCUGACAACAUCUGCAUUCCUGACUGUUCAGUUGGAUAGAUCCCUUGGAGGACAUGCUGUGCAGAUUCGAGUCUCCCAGGGCAAAGAACCUGCUCACCUGCUAAGUCUGUUCAAAGACAAACCACUCAUUAUUUACAAGGAUGGAACAUCAAAGAAAGGAGGUCAGGUACCUGCCGCCCCUACCCGCCUCUUUCAAGUCCGAAGAAACCUGGCAUCUAUCACCAGGGUUGUGGAGGUAGAUGUUGAGGCAGAGUCCUUGAAUUCCAAUGAUGUUUUUGUCCUGAAACUGCCACACAAUAAUGGCUACACCUGGAUAGGAAAAGGUGCUAGCCGGGAGGAGGAGAGGGGAGCAGAGCACGUGGCCAGUGUGCUCAAAUGCAAAACCACAAGCAUUCAGGAAGGAAAGGAGCCAGAGGAGUUUUGGGAUUCCCUCGGAGGUAAAAGCAAGUACCAGACCUCUCCACUGCUGGAGACCCAGGCUGAAGACCACCCUCCUCGGCUUUACGCCUGCUCUAACAAAAGUGGGAGAUUCAUGAUUGAAGAGGUUCCAGGAGAGUUCACCCAGGAUGAUUUAGCAGAAGAUGACGUCAUGUUACUAGAUGCUUGGGAACAGAUUUUUAUUUGGAUUGGCAAAGAUGCCAAUGAAGUUGAGAAGAAAGAAUCUGUGAAGUCUGCCAAUGUGUACCUUGAGACAGACCCUUCUGGAAGAGAUAAGAGGACGCCAAUUAUCAUCAUAAAACAGGGCUAUGAACCACCCACAUUCACAGGCUGGUUUCUGGGUUGGGAUUCCAGCAAGUGGUAAACUGAUUUUUGUAGGAAAAAACAGACACUCUUUGGAGGGUCAAAGGAGGAGGUUUUGUUUCUAUGACUUUAGAAAAUUAACCUCAGCUA